AUGAAUGAUCAAGAUGAUCUGCCACCGGAGUUUGCAGACGUCCCGAGGGACCUCCUCAAGCACGGCAAAGGACGGUAUAAGGAUGUCAUCCUCGUGCCUCAGCCAUCCGACAGCCCAAACGAUCCCCUGAAUUGGCCUCAAUGGCAGAAAGAAAUGAUCCUCCUCAUCGUGGGCCUGUCGGCCGCCGUCGUCGGUGCUUACGGCCCCAUGCUGUCUCCCGGCUUCGUCGAGGUUUCCCAGAACCUCGGCAUCACCAUCGAAACUCUCUCGCAGGCCACCGCCUGGCUGAUCCUGUGCAUCGGCCUGGGGCUGUUCCUCACCAACCCUCUCGCGAAGAUCAUCGGACGUCGGCCGGUGUACAUCAUCGCCAUCAUUAUCAUGUUUGCCACAAGCGUCUGGGGCGCCGCCGUCAAAGACUACAACUCCUUCCUUGCCAGCCGUAUCCUGGCGGGUAUCGGCAUGGCGCCGUACGAGAUCCUGGUUCAGUGCACCAUUGGCGACUUGUACUUUGUGCACGAGCGAGCGACGCGUAUCGCUGUCUGGAACUUGUUCCUACUGACGGGUAUUGCUGGCGGAGCUCUGAUCGCCGGGUACAUCAUCGAGCUUGAUGGCUACCAGUGGACAUUUGGAGUGUGCGCCAUCUUCUUUGGUGUCCUGAUGCUGGCUGUCAUCUUCCUUGUCCCCGAGACGGCGUAUCGACGAGAUUCCGUGGUGGUAAUCCCGGACACGCGCGAGAAGACCGAGGAUGGCGGCGAGGGACACAUGAAGUUGGCCCACGAGCACGAUAUCGAGCAUCAUACCAUUCCAGUAUCAUAUCAAGAGGAGACGGCUGCUACUGAGAAGAAACACACAUAUCUACAGUCUCUCAGGGUCUUCACAGGGCGAUACAGUUAUGCGCCCAUGUGGAAGGUCUUUACGAGGCCAGUGGUGCUAUUCUUCUACCCAGGAAUCCUUUGGGCAUUUCUCAUCUAUGGUACCACCAUCACGUGGAUCGUGGUCUUCUCUGUCGUGAACGGAGUCAUUUUUGUCGCACCGCCAUACAACUUCACCGUCAGCCAGACUGGUCUCAUCAGUCUGUCGCCAUUCAUCAUGACGGCACUGGCAGAGAUUGUAUCAGGCCCGCUAAACGAUUAUGUCUGUCUAUAUCUGACGCGCAAAAACAAAGGCAUCUACGAGCCAGAGUUCCGACUGCCUCUGAUGAUCGUAUCUGUGAUCUUCGGUACCGUCGGCUUCUUUGGCUUUGGUGCAACAGUCCAGUUCCAGACCCACUGGAUCGGCCCCGUACUGUGUUUCGGCUUUGCCAACGUGAGCUUGGUGUUUGCAGCCACUUGCGUGUUUGGGUACGUCGUGGACAGCUAUCGGAAGCACAACGAGGAAGCGUUUGUCGCAAUCAACGCGAGGAACCUUCUCACCUUUGGCUUGACCUACUUUGUCAAUGACUGGCUGAAACAGCAGGGCCCGCUUGUUGUGUUUUGCAUUCUUGGGGCGCUGUUCCUUUUCGUCUCCUUCUUGACUAUCCCCCUCUGGAUCUUUGGCAAGAAGCUUCGAAGCUUUACGGGCAGGAAUAAGUGGCUCCAGGACUUUAUGAAUGACGAUUCGUGA